CGAGAAGGAGAUGAAGGAGGAGAUGGACAUGUUGAGGAAGGAGAAUCAGCUGCUGCAGGUCAAGAACCUCCACCUCCUCAACCUCCUCACCGAGUCUCAAUCCUCCUGCUCGUCCCUCGAAGCUGCGAUCUCCGACAUCAAGAGCAAGAGCAAGAAGGCGGGACACUGAGCCCGAAGGAAGGAGGAGAGCAGUGUGAAGCAGCAAGUACCCGGGAGCAUGUUGCUCCUGCUCCUGUUGCUCCUGGCUCUGCUGGGUGCUCCAUGCGCAAGGACACAGGUGACAGGAGCAGAGGAGCUGCAGCGGGUGAUGGAGCAGUACGACUACUCUCCUGCCCUCCCCUCCAGCCCCCGCACACUUGAGACAUGCAAAGACUCUGAUGCUUCCUGCUGCAUAGAGCUGCUCUACCCUCGCCGAGGAUACCAGGGGGACAACUCGUCCGCAGCGAGGAUGAGGAGGUCAGAGGCGAGGCUUCACUUCAGAGAGGGAGGAAGCAGCUUGCGCAGCAGAAGGCAGCUGCGGGUACUGGUGGACGAGGCGGACGAGGCUGUCAGCACGGACCCUGAGCUUGUGAUGGCUUCGAAGAUGUCGAGGACACUCGGGGACCUGGAAGGAGGCGAAAGAGACCUCGCGCAUGAAAGAGAGGACGAGGACGGUGAUGACGGCAGGAGGGUCUACCAUGUAGAGGUGAUGGACCUUCCCGUUGAGCUCUAUGAGCUGUCCGUCCAGCUUCUCCACCAGGAUGGAGACAACAAGCAGCUCAUCGGCGAGGUCUCUUUCGCCUCCUUCGAGGUCGCCGAGUGUGCGCGACAUGGACGACUGUGCGAAGAGGAGGAGGAGGAGGAGGGGGGAAGGGAGGAGAAGGCGAUGGAGGUGCAGGAGGAAGAGCUGAGGAAAGUCGAGGCUCUGACGAGAUUGAUCGCCUCCUGCCCUCCUCAUUCGCCGAGCCGAUGGUGGCUGGAAGGAGAAAGGAGGUUGCGGUACGAGCUGGAAGAGCUUCACUCUGUAGGCCGAUGUGGAGCAGGAGGGAUGAGGUUUCAUACGAGGAUGCACGGGCUGGGGGCGCAGGUUCAUUAUCUUUCCGAGGGGCUCACGAGCGCAUGGAGGAAGGGAAAUGCUCUGCUGCUCGCCGGCAACUCCUCGCGGGCUGUUGAGUGCGGGAGGAGGAAGAUGAAAGGAGGACACGAACUUGCUCGAGAGCUCUACAGCUGCUUCCUUCAGCCUUUCUCUGAGUGCCCGGAGGAGCCGCAUGAAGACUCGACUCGUCACGAGCCCGAACCGAACUCGCGCUACACGGGCAAGGAAGUGCAGGAAGUGCCCAAGGGUUCUCGGUUCUGGUGGAGAAUGCAAACAGUCUCGUUCCUCCUUCGUCCUUCUCCUGCGCUCGAGGCUCAACUGCGACUGGUGAAAGCGGCUCUUCGACUUCCUCCAUCUUACAUCGCGAUGCACAUUCGCCAUGGAGACAGCUGCAUGCAUGCGACUAUCUCCUCCUUCCGCCCAAAGUGCGUUCCAUUCGACGUCUACCUGGAGCGAGCGAUCGAGAUGAGCAACCUCUAUAACGUCAAGCAUGCAAGUCGGAGGCCUGACGGGUCACGAGCUGAGAAAAAGCAGCUGGACUUUGACAGAAGCGUGCUGGAGGGCGACUGGUUCCUCGAGUUUCGAUCCCAGCUGGGGUUGGCGGAUGCUUUUGAGAUCACUCAGUCGGCUCUUAUCGAUCUCUUCCUCCUCUCUCAAGGCAAUUUCUUCGUUGGAAGCUUUGCUUCUCAUUUCAGUCGCCUCGCGUUCGAACUCAUGGUCGCUCGCCUCGGCUUCUUCCCUCCCUUCGCGUCCGUUGACUAUCCCUGGUGCUUUCACAUGCUCCACAAGGAUGAAGUCCCCGGCUACGGGCCCGUCAACUGCUAG